UGAAAUCUACCUACCCCUUUCAUUUGAUUUCACUAGAAACUUUGGGCAGUAAGAAACCAUAGUAACUCUUCUUCUUCUGCAUCCUGCUUUGAACACUGCUGCUGUUGCACAAUGUCAGACUAUUUACCUCAUGAGUUGGUUGUUAAAAUCUUCACAAAGCUGCCCGUGAAGUCCCUCCUCCGAUUUAGGAGUCUUUCAAAAUCAUGGUGCGCUCUUAUCUCCAGCCCAGAUUUCAUCCGCAAGUACACUCUGGGACUGGUGCAAACAUCUCAAAAAGUCCUCAUCAUGAACAAUGUCAUGGGUGGUAAGGAUAUCUACACGUUGCAUGAGGAAGACCGGUUGCCACUUUCUUCUGGUGAAGGAUACCAAGGCGUUACAGCAGUCGAGUACCCCAGAGUUGAAGUCCAAAUAGCUGGUUCAUGCAAUGGAAUUCUGUGUUUAGUUGAUAUGGCUUUACGUAUGUGUCUGUGGAACUUUUCGGUUAGGCGCCAAGUAAUGAUCCCAAAGCAUCCAUUGCGGAGUAGAUCUUCUAACAUGACUGUUGGGUUUGGUUUUGACCGAAUCGCCAAUGAUUACAAAAUCAUGACUAUACAUUAUGGGGAUACACUUAGACCUUAUAUCUACACCCGUAUGACAGCUACUUGGACUCCGAUUGCUCCCCCUGCUGGCAUGUUUUAUCAUCUCAGAUGUAACUCCUAUUUGAUUGAUGCCACAUUGUAUUGGGUCGCAAGUGAUUCGCCAAACAUACCCCGUUGUAUCAUCAUGACCUUUGAUUUGACCAGUCAUGUUUUUGGCACAAUUCCGUUGCCUGAACCCAGCUUCGAUUUGAGCAGCCAUGUCUUUAGCACAAUUCCAUUGCCUGAACCCUGCUGGGCUUUUGAACAGUUAGGAGAGUUUAAUGGUGCUCUAGCUGUGAUGUGUACCAAGGGUAAGGAUCCUUGGAUCUGGGUGAAGAAGACAGAGUCUAAUCAUGUUUCCUCUUGGUCCGUUUUUCUCAAACUGGAAUCCCCCCAAUUUAUAGUUGGCCAACUUUUGCAACCCACCUUCAAUGGAGAUUUGCUGAUCCACACAUAUCCUGAUUUUCAAAGUGAUGGGGAUGAUAGAGUUUAUAAUACUAGAACAGGCGGGCUGUCAAGACUUUUGAGAUUCAUAGUUUAUUGUAACAUUCGGAUGAAUACAUAUGUGGAAAGCAUUGAGUUGCUUGAUAAAGGAACUCCUUGUGGUGAAACAAUCAAGUGGUCUGAAUAGAAAAACAUUAAUCGUCAAAGUAGGUACUGACUCCUUAGCCUGUUCCAUUAUGUUAUGCAAUUUAGCAUUUAACUCCAAGUAAUUGUUGUGGGUAUCUUUGUCGGGAGAUUAUUCAUAGCAUUUCUAUAUGUAUUACGUAUUCCAGGAUGUUGUAGAACUUGACUAAAUGCUUUAAGGCAUUUUAUUGUUAUGUAUGCUUAUUUACUGCU